GUCUACUACUCGUCUGCUGCUGACCUCUCAUCUUUGUGCCAUUGUUCAAUCACCUUUCCACUUGCCAGCUCCAACAAGCUCGACGGCAAUGGUUUCGUUCAUUUCAUUUGCUCCUGCUGCUGCCCAGAACAUCGUCGUCAUGGCAUGGUGAUCGUUGGGGCCCUACCCCGUCCUACGCUACUGCUCCGGCGUGCAGCUGCUCACAGUCACUACGGUUCUGUCUUGUGUUUGACUAACUAGGUCCAUCCGACUCCAUACCUGCAUCCUGCAUCUGCAACCUUCUGCACCGGUACUGCACUCAUUCGUCCCGUUUGCAAUUGUCCACUGUCGGAAUCUCCCCUCGUGUGCAUUUCCCUUGCUCCCAGCCCGGCAAUCUGCGUCUGUGGCCAGCACCUACAUCGUCAAUCAGUUGUCCACCCGAUCUGUUCCAAACUUUUGGAUUGGCCCCCUAAGGAAAGAGAAGACGGGGAAAGGGGCUUUGCUGAUUUGAGUCGGAUCAACCCACUGGAAAAGCUGCAGCUGCACAAGAUCGAGCAGUCCUUGCAUGCACCGCUUGAACACCCACUGCGCAGGAAGACCAGAGGCUCUUUUCCUUCCGUGUCCGUCCAACACCAUGCGUGAGACCAGAACAAGCGGUACCCGACAGCCUCAUUUCCAGACAAAAGCCCUGCGGCCGCAAUUGCAACCUUCAACACUACCUGUCCCAGAUUCAUUGGCUCGAAUAAUAAGGGUGCUGGGCGAAUAGGCGGUUUUGCGCCAGUGUGCUAAACCCAAUCUCGGCAGCACCACACCAGCACAGCCUUUUGCACAGCUGUCCAUCCGCUAUUACGAGUUCUUUUUCCUUCUUCACCUGUACAUUUUUGUAACAACAGCGCUUUUCCCGUCAAGAUUUUACCCUAAUCACACUGGCUUUCGCCUCGAACGUUUCCACCUCUUUUCUUUCUGCUAUUUGUACCAACAGUCGAUACCCACAGAAAGAAACCCGUCGCUCAAUAGACAAGAAGCGAAAGUCACUCGUUUAUCCACACGCUCGCUCUUCUGGUCGCACUCCGACACGCAUCUCGAUAAUCAAAGACGACGUCAAAAGUCAGUUUAUUUGAGAAACGGCCGGCUGUCUCAACGUACUUUUCUCCGACCUUGUUAAAGCAAAUUCUCCGAAUCGUCCGACUCCAAAAUAGGUGAACCAAGGCUCCGACAGCCUUGUUCACCCUUUAACAAAAUACCCCUAACUUGCUGAGGCGGGCAUUUGUUGCAAGCGCCUUUGCGUUGAAGCCGGGCGGCUAGAGGUAAAUUGCACUUUUCGCUUGUUUCACAAACCCACGUUCUCCGUCGAAACACUCCCUUCCACAAUUCCUUUUGUGUCCGUUGAAUCUACCAUUACCUCGAUUCUACGGACAACCAUCAAGUUCCUAUUCGCCGGGAGAGGGCAGGAUUCUCUCCAGCUAUUCGCUCAGGCCCUCACAAUCACAAUCAUCCAAAGUUCUUUGCUCUGGUUGACGGAUCCUGGCGGUUGCUUCAAACAUAACCUGCCAGCUGGCACCACGACUCCUAGGUCAAAGAAAAAAUGGAUACAGAUGGGAUCAAGACCGAUGACUCUUCAGAGUCGGCACAACCCACGAGAGCACGCAAACGAUGGAAAGAAGGUUACGUGGAACUGACAUAUCUGUCUCGACAGUGGCAGCCGUCCAGCAAGGACCAACCGGAUCCUCCCUUGUACUCGAUUUGGAUGGCCUCCUCGGAAGUGGAUCAAAAGUUUCUGGGUUAUUUUGCAAAAGUUACUACUACGGAGAAUAAUUAUCUUUCCAGUUUCCUGUUCCGCGUUCUCGGUCUUUCCGUGAUUCUCGCUGAGAAACUUCUGCGCGCGCGCCGCGCAAAACGCCUCGACCCUGUUCGGGAUCCAAAAGCCCGCCACUUAAUUCAUCACAUCUUAUGGCUUGCCCGCGAAGGGCUCGUUAUGGUGGAACAAUAUGUGCUCCCUAUGGUUGGUCACUACGUGGAACUCAAGGUGUUGAGUUACAAACUCAAAGCCAGCUUCUACCAUAUUUUUGUACUGUUUCAUAAUGAGCCGCCAGUGAAUGACCGCAUCAAUCGCAGAAGGAGCACCGGCGGUGGGGUUGCGACUUACACUUUGUUUCCGGAGCCUUUGAGUCCGAGGGAGUCGAGGGAGGGGAGAGAAAGGCCGAGCAGACAGGCCACAGUCAGGUCUCCCACGGAAAGCGGGAGAAGGAGAUCACCAGCUAUCAGUCUUGGAGGACCUGUGGGCGGCGGUGUGGGAAUUACAGCAACAACACGAACUCCGCCCGGGCUACCCCUUCCUGCAACCUAUCCGUACUACGCCAAUGGUAACAACAAUGGCGACGGCAAUGGUAACGGCACAGCAACUUUCCUCCUCCUUUUACAAGAUUAUACUCCUUACGCAACCCAAGCAUUUCGCGAAGCCGACGAACUCGCCGAGCGCCUCCUUCCUGGAUCCCAUCCAGUCCGCCUGUCCGUCAAAGUCGAAUACGUCGCCUACGUCUACGAUUGUCUGCACGAAGCCGAGGCAUCGCGGAAGAUGGCGAGGAUGGCGAUUAGGCACGUGUACGAAGCGCAGGAGGGCAUGGAUGAUGAUUCGUUUCAGGAUGCGGCCGAGAUGGUGGGAAUACUGGGGCGGAUGAUGAAGAGAGGACUGGGGGGAGGAGGAAGCAGCGGCAGUCAGAUGCAGGGACAAAACGUUGGCGGCGGAGCAAGUGGAAGGAGAGAUGUCCAGCAGCCCUCGACGUGGGUGUAGAUCCUGCCCAGAGUGUGCGCUUGAUCAAGAUGUGCUAGCCGCUUGGAUAUUCUUGAAAUCCUGCGCUUGGUUGGUGACUGAACAAAUACGAA